AUGGCCGGAGUUUCAACGGAAUCGUACCAAAAGCCGGCACCAGCUGCUCUGGCCGACAUAGUCACAGCACUCUCGAACCCUAAUUUUGCUGCUGCUUUUGCAUCGGCCAUUUCUUCCAUCCUUGGUGGCGACGAUGUGAGAAAAGCCAGUUCUGGGUUUGAACCCAUGGCGAAAUCAGACGAAGAGGAAGUGGAAAAGCGAGAGGAGGCUGCUCGAAGGUUGGAGGCGAGAAGGCUGGAGAAACAGAGUAGGGUUGUAUUUCCGAAGCCGAAGGUGAGGGAGGCGGAGCUAAAGCGACGGGAGAAGAAGAAACAAGCAGAGCAAGAGAAGUUUCCUGUCGAGAACAUGUUUCAUGAAGAUGCAAUUUUCGAAACCAGGUCAGUCUUGGAACCGAUUGCUGUUGAGAAUAGGCUUAGUGCCUCGUUUAUACCUCUUGAAAAACCUGAAAUUCCUCAGAAGAGUGAAGCAAAACCUGCAGCAACUUUGAAGAAGGAAACAAUUGGUAAUUUUGAUGGUUGGCAAAAAGUGGAAAGAAAAAGAAGGCACAAAAGUAAGGUGUACAACUUCUUUUUCACCAGAUUUCCAGACAAUUGGGAUGAAUUAGCUUUGGAGAGCAUGUUCAAAAGAUUCAAAGAGCCUUGCUCCUCUAGACCAAAGUUCAUCUGUCCUUUUUUUGCUAAACUUUCGGCUUCUGAAGCCGAUCUCUUGGAAUCGUCUUUUUCCGCUAUGGAAAUAAAAGAGGCUGUUUGGUCUUGUGAUGGGUCGAAAGCUMYAGGGCCUGAUGGCCUUAAUUUUAAUUUCAUUAAGAAAUUUUGGCCAGUGGUUGGCAGGUCUAUUAUUGAGGCGGUUAAAUUUUUUGAAUUUUCGGGCAGGAUAACCAAGGGAUGCAAUGCUUCUUUUAUCGCCUUAAUUCCCAAAAAAAUUGAUCCCUUGGACGUCUCGGACUAUAGGCCCAUAUGUUUACUUGGUUGUAUGUACAAAAUAAUUGCUAAGCUUCUAACCAGCAGAUUGGUAAAGGUUAUGAGCAAGCUCGUCAGUGGUAAUCAAUCUGCCUACAUCCCGGGUAGACAAAUGUUGGAUGGCUGCUUGAUAGCAAAUGAGAUCGUGAAUCAUGCCAAAAAGAAGAAAAUGCAAAUUUUUCUCUUCAAAGUGGAUUUUGAAAAGGCUUAUGACUCGGUCAACUGGAAGUGUCUCUUUCACACUAUGAAGCAAAUGGGAUUCGGAAAUAAAUGGAUCAACUGGAKUAAAGCUUGCUUGAAAUCUGCUUCUACRUCCAUUUUGAUUAAUGGAACACCAUCCGACGAGUUUAACAUGCAAAGGGGUCUAAGACAAGGAGACCCUCUUUCUCCGUUUCUGUUUCUGCUUAUAGGCGAAGUCCUACAACUCAUGAUCAGAUCUGCUUGCAACCAGGGGCUGUUUAAGGGCAUCCGGCUGGCAAAGUCUAAUCGAAAUCUUUCUCUYCUUCAAUUUGCGGAUGACGCUUUAAUAUUCGGCAAAUGGUCGCGUAAGAAUUUAGUAACUCUUACUAAUAUUCUUAAUUGCUUUCAUGAAGUUUCAGGACUGCGGAUAAAUUUAUCCAAAUGCAACCUUUUUGGUAUUGGAAUUCCGGAAGCGGAGGUCAACAACAUGGCAGGUAUGUUAAAAUGCAUGGCCUCUUCUUUUCCCUUCACAUAUCUGGGGCUCCCUGUUGGGGGUAACAUGAAGAAAAUAGCUUCAUGGUCGGUUGUUAAAGACAAAUUCCUCAAGAAACUGUCAAACUGGAAGUCAAAAUGCCUUUCCAUAGGCGGAAGAUUUACUCUGAUUCAGUCGGUGCUAUCUUCCCUUCCGCUGUUCUACUUCUCGCUCUUCAAAGCRCCCAAGACAAUCAUCAACAAUUUGGAAUCCAUAAGGAGAAGAUUUUUUUGGGGACAUAAGGAGGGGGAAAACAAAAUGCAUUGGGUCGCUUGGGAGAAAAUUAUGUGCUCAAAGUCAAAUGGUGGUUUGGGAGUUGUCUGUUUAAAAGYUAAAAAUGAUGCUUUGUUAGCUAAAUGGGUUUGGAGGUUCYUGUCUAGUUCUAAUGCCACUUGGAAAGAUGUUAUUUCUGAAUUUUAUGGCGAGGAUGGAGGUCUCUUUUCUAAUARGCCUUUGGCUGGAAAUAGUGUAUGGGUGUCUAUAGUCAACACUUGCAGAAAUGUGACAGUGGCAAAUCAAAAUAUUAUUCAAUCGUUUACGAAACAAAUUGCUAAAGAUUCCAACUCUCUUUUUUGGAAUGAUGCAAGCAUUGGUCAAGGGUCAAAGUUGAAAGAUAUAUUUCCUAGACUUUAUGCUUUGGAAAGGGAUAAAAACGCCGUCUUCAAAGAUAGAUGGACUUAUACUAAUGGUUAUUGGUCUGGUGUUUGGGACUGGAAUACAACGGUUAGAGGAAGAAGCUUAGAUGAUCUUCUAGCUUUAAAAAGGCAACUCUCUCAAACGCAUUUUAAUACUUCGGGCGAGGAUGUGUGGUCUUGGAAUUGGCACAAAAAAGGGAUUUUCACGGUAAACCACAUGUCUAAGUUAAUCCAAGGGCUUGCUAUCUCGAAUGGUUCAAGCAAUGAACCAUGUUUUUGGAGCCCUUUAAUUCCKAAGAAGGUAAACAUUUUCAUUUGGCGCUUCCUUAAAGAAGCCAUUCCUGUAAGAUUUAACCUAUCUAAAAGAGGGAUUCAGGUGCAGUCUUUGGAGUGCAUCCUGUGUGAAAAAGGUGUUGAAACAAUGGAUCAUUGUUUCUUUUCUUGUUCGGUGGCAAGCAUUCUUUGGAGGAAAAUUUGGGCCUGGUGGGAUCUUCAAGCUCCACGACUUUCUUCGGUGGCUGAUUUCAAAAUGCUAAUCAAUCAAGUAGGAUCUCUUCGCAAGGUUGGUGUGAUUUUUUUAUCAGUUUGCGCUGUGGCUCUUUGGCAUCUUUGGAAGUGGCGGAACGAAAUUCUUCAUGCUGAGGAUGGGCUUCUUGCUGGAUUCGCUUAUGUUUUGUUUAAUAUUAGUGGUUGGCUUGGUUGWGGGUGA